CCAAAUUCUCACCGUCUCUCAAAUUUCUCUCUAGGGUUUUCUCAACUGAACCACGAUGGAAUUGGAGUCCGACGACGAUAUGCACGAUGCCAAUGAAGUAGCCUCGCUGGAUGAGGAUGAUAACUACUACAGCGGCGGCGAGGACGACGACGAUAUGCUCGAAACUGGCGAAGACGAAGAAGACUAUGCCUAUGACUAUGCCGAUGAAGACGACGACGACGCCGCUGAUUACGACUUUAUCGCCAACUCGGAUGACGGCGAUGACGCACUCGUCAGUCGCUCGCAGAAGAAUUAUACUAUCUUAAAAGAGGAAGAUAUACAAGAACGCCAAUUCGAAGACAUUACCAAAAUAUCUACUGUUCUUUCUAUUCCACGGGAAGCAGCAUGCAUACUGUUGCGGCGUUAUAACUGGAGUGUGAAUAACGUGCAUGAAGAAUGGUUCGCCGACGAAGAAAAUGUUCGUAGAGCUGUUGGCAUAUUGGAAACACCAGUUGUUAAGGCUCUAAAUUUUAAGGAAGUGUCCUGCGGGAUCUGUUUUGAGCGCUACACUAUCAACAAACUACGAACUCUUGCGUGCUCUCACCUUUUUUGUGACACAUGCUGGAAAGCUUACAUAAGUACUUCCAUCAAUGACGGUCCUGGAUGCUUGGUGCUGAGGUGUCCAGAACCUUGUUGUGGUGCUGCUCUUGGCCAAGAUAUGAUUGAUAAGUUAGCUUCCCAUGAGGAUAAGGAGAAGUACCGCCGCUAUCUUCUUAGAUCUUAUGUUGAGGACAGCCGUAAGAUUAAGUGGUGCCCUGCUCCUGGUUGUGAUUCUGCUGUUGAAUAUGUUGUUGGUAGUGGAAGCUAUGAUGUCACUUGCAAUUGUUCAUAUAGCUUCUGUUGGAAUUGCGCAGAAGAAGCCCAUCGGCCAGUGGACUGUGAAACUGUGGCAAAGUGGGUUUUGAAAAACAGUGCAGAAUCUGAGAACAUGAACUGGAUAUUGGCCAACUCCAAGCCAUGUCCCAAGUGCAAGCGUCCGAUUGAAAAGAACCAAGGCUGCAUGCACAUGACUUGCACUCCACCAUGCAAGUUUGAGUUUUGCUGGUUGUGUCUUGGUCAAUGGUCAGAGCAUGGUGAGAGAACUGGAGGUUUCUAUGCAUGCAAUCGUUAUGAAGCAGCAAAGCAAGAGGGAGUGUAUGAUGAUGCAGAAAGGAGGAGAGAGAUGGCCAAGAACUCCUUGGAACGAUACACUCAUUAUUAUGAGCGAUGGGCAUCCAAUCAAUCGUCAAGGCUAAAGGCACUGGCGGACCUGCAUCAAAUGCAAACUGUACAUCUUGAGAAGCUAAGUGAAGUUCAUUCCCAGCCUGAGUCACAAUUGAAGUUUGUUAUUGAAGCUUGGCAACAGAUUGUAGAAUGCAGGAGGGUUCUAAAAUGGACGUACGCAUAUGGAUAUUAUCUACCUGAGGUUGAACAUACAAAAAAACAGUUCUUUGAGUAUUUGCAAGGGGAGGCGGAAGCUGGUCUGGAGAGGCUUCAUCAAUGUGCAGAGAAAGAACUAAUGAAUUACCUGAAUUCCGAGGGGCCAUCAAAAGAUUUUAAUGACUUCCGCACCAAACUUGCUGGCCUGACAAGCGUAACACGGAACUACUUUGAAAACCUGGUUAGAGCACUGGAGAAUGGGCUUUCAGAUGUAGAUUCACAGGCAGUAUGCAACAAGAUGAGCUCAAAAACUGCAGCAGGGACUAGCAAGAGCAAAGGGGGAAGAGGGAAAGGAUCUUCUAAGACGGGCACAUCAGUCAGAAAUGCAGAUGAUUCUGGAAGUUGGGCAUGCGAUAAGUGUACAUAUAUGAAUGCUCGAUCUGCAGCUGCAUGCCAAGUGUGUAACCACCGCAAUUGAGUUAUGCUCUGGAUGCACUAAACAGAAACCUCCUCAGUAGCCUGUUUUGUUGGAGAUGCACAGGAUUGAUGACGGUAGCGGUUAAUUAUUUGGUUCGGGUGAAAUGUGUGGGGUGGGUGUUGUUUGUAUAUAGUCUGUAUUAUGCUAAAAUGGAAGUUACCCUGCUGCAUAGAUACAUUAGAGAAAAGAAAAAGGAAAAGAAAUGUGAUGAUGUUCAUACUUAAUCUUGGUGUAUAUGCUGGGGCAUGAUGAUGUGCUUGUGAUAACAUGUUCUACUUAAUUCUCUUUCCAUUACUGUAGAUUUGAUGCUUGGGCAUCGUAGAGUAGAAGCGUUAGCUUCGCGGUUUGUUCUACUCUGGGGCAAAAAUAAUAUUAAAGGUUCCCAAUGUGAAACUUCUUUUUAAUUUG